AUGGCGCCUUUUGAAGCUUUGUAUGGGCGGAGGUGUAGGACUCCGUUGUGUUGGCAUGAAUUUGGUGAAAGUGUGGUACUUGGACCCGAGAUUGUUCGAGAAACUACAAAGACGGUUAAGAUGAUUCGGGAUAAGAUGAAGAUUUCUCAAAGUAGGCAAAAGAAUUAUCAUGAUAAGAGGAGAAAGGAUUUGGAAUUUCAAGAGGGUGAUCAUGUGUUUCUAAGAGUCACACCUACGACCGGUGUUGGACGACCAUUGAAAGCUAAGAAGUUGACUCCUCGUUUCAUUGGACCGUAUCAAAUUACAAGUAGAGUGGGAAAAGUUGCUUAUAGAGUGGCGUUACCGCCAAACCUCUCGAAUUUGCAUGACGUGUUCCAUGUGUCUCAACUUAGGAAGUAUAUUCCGGAUCCGUAUCAUGUGGUUCAAAUGGAUGAUAUUCAAGUGCGCGAUAACCUUACGGUUGAGACGAUGCCUUUGAGGAUCGAAGGUCGUGAGACGAAGUCCCUAUGGGGAAAGGAAAUUGAUUUGGUGAAGGUUGUUUGGAUUGGUGCAGUCGAAGAAAGCACGACAUGGGAAUUGGAGAACAGGAUGCGCGACUCCUACCCCGAGUUAUUCGAAUGA